AUGGCGAAUAGAACAGUAUCAGAUGCGAUAGCCGUACAUGGAACAAAUCCACAAUAUUUAAUAGAAAAGAUCAUUAGAACUAGAAUUUAUGAAUCACUUUACUGGAAAGAAUUCUGUUUCGGUUUGACGGCCGAGACGUUGAUUGAUAAAGCAAUAGAAUUAACAUCAUUUGGAGGAGAAUAUGGAAAUCAAAGGCCAACAGAAUUUCUUUGUUUGACAUUGAAAUUACUACAAUUACAGCCAAGUAAAGAAAUUGUUUUGGAAUUCAUUAGAAAUGAGGAUUAUAAAUAUUUAAGAGCACUUGGGGCAUUUUAUUUGAGACUGGUUGGUAAUUCACUAGAAAUUUAUCAGACUCUUGAACCUUUGCUUAAUGAUUAUAGAAAAUUAAGAAAAAGAACAAACGAUGGUGACUUUGAAAUUGUUUGUAUGGAUGAAUUCAUUGAUGAGUUGUUAAGAGAAGAAAGAGCAUGUGAUACAAUAUUGCCUAGAAUAUUAAAGCGGUACGUAUUGGAAGAAAAUGGAGAAUUAGAGCCUCUAGAUCAAGAACUUCUCCGUCAAGGAGAUAUAGUAGGAGCAGAUCAAGGUCACCUAAGAGAAGAGGCGGAGAUUGGAGGGCUGAUAGAUAUGUUCCAAGUGAUAAUCGUGGUAAUAGAAGGCGUAGGCGUAUAUCAUAUUCCCGUUCCAGAUCACGCUCGAGAUCAAGAAGUUAUGAUCGAUAUGAACCAAGUUACCGUAGAGGUAAAUCAUUCUCCUCUUCUUCAUAUCGACCUUCACGCCAUAGAUCUUAUACAAGAAGUCUCAGUAGAGACAAGUGAUAGGUAA